UGUAUUCCGGGUUGUUUUGUGUUUAUACUUAAAAAAACUGAUCCCUGUUGUAGUCUCUGUAAGAUAAAUUUGAUUUUAAAAUGCCUCACGUUGAAGUAGAGGUUCCACAAAAAGUGGAUAAACCAAACCCACGAAAUAAUCCAGUUAUUUUUAAAAUAUUUCAAAAUGUCCAAUACAAUGUUGUGCAACAUAAAAAAUACGUGAAAGAGUUGAUAAAACUUUAUAAAAAGAUAGAUCAAGAUUAUUUUCGUGAAAGCUUUAAGAAUGCAUUGCAUUAUUUGUUUACAUUUGGAGACACGAGUGCAAACGUUGAUCGUGUUGUACAAUUUGUUGCUACAUUUUGUACUUCCCUUGAUGACGAAGAAGAAUUUCUCAUGUUUAUAUUUGAUAUCAUAUUUGAUUGUCAAUGUGUGUCAGGACAAUCCGUGAGAUACAGAGCGAGCCAGCUGCUGGCUGCUGUGCUUGCUGCACUCGGUGAUGAUGCGUCUCUUGAUGAUGAUCUGUGUGAUAAGUUGUUAGCAUCUCAGAUGCAACGGCUUCAAGACACGCGAGGUGCAGUACGAUGUCGAGCUGCACUGGCCCUGCAGCGAUUACAAAACCCCAUGGAGCCAGAUGAUGAGGUGACACGGGCAUAUCGGUUUCAUAUGAGCUGUGAUCCUAGUUCAUCUGUUCGAAGGGCGAUAGUAAUGUCGAUAGCUAAAUGUACUCGCAAUGUGCCGUUUGUAUUGGAAAGGCUAUGUGAUGUUGAUGACGCAGUGCGUCGAGCCGCUUUCCUUUACAUAUCCGCUAUAAAUGUCACUCAGCUUAGAGUUAAACAGAGAUUGCUCACUUUGAAGGUCGGACUUACCGAACGUAGUCCGCGCGUAAAGAGGGUAGUUGAAGAGAUAUUGAUACCUGGCUGGUUAAGUACUUUUGAGGGCAAUAUUGUGCACCUUUUGAAAGCUAUAAGAUUAGAUAAUGCGCAUGAUGCAAAGGACUCUCAAUAUAUUGCUGGCAAAUUGUUGGAAUCACUGUUUAAGCGUCUGUCAAUAUCCGAGCUAUUAGAGUGGUUGCCUACAGAAAAAUCGCUAAGAUUGGUACCAGCUGAGAAGUUGAAUAAAGAAACGGCGUGGUAUUGGCGCCAUCUUGCCGAACAUCUGCAAAAGAUUGAAGAUGACGAAACAUUAGAGAUAGUGCUACCUGAUUUGGUAGUUUUGACUGGAUAUAUUAGAGCUAUUGUGGAAUCACCAUGUCCUUCAGAAAGCGAGGACCCUGUGGGGUUCAGUACUCGUCAAUAUGUGCUUCAUGAACUGGCCAGUAUGCUGAAGGUAUAUGAUGCAACUGACCCCACUGGCCGUACUGCACUACAAACACUCAUCACUGAUACUCUUACUGGUGAAUAUGGGCCGCUAGACGCAGACGUAAUCCGUGCGUUCGUAUCAGCCCUAGAACUGGUCGUAUCGGAUGUAACGCAACGUAUGGUGGUUGUGUGUCAAGUGAUAUCCGCCUUGAGAGAUCCGCCCGAAGUUGAGACGGUUGCACCGCCGCCUGUGGACAGCGCUGAGGUUAAACUUAAGAGAGCGAGACUUCGGGUGUCGCUAAAUGUUGCCAUAGAAGCUCAAGAGGAAGCUGUGAGGGAUGAAAACUAUGCACUCGCUGCUGAAUGUAAAGUCAAAGUUGCUGAUAUUCAAAAGAAAUUGGAAGAUUUAAACACUGAUGCCACGCCGCAACCGCCUAUACCUACGAUAAAAGAAAAAGCGACAGACACAGCAACAUUGAACAAGUGCUUAACAAUACUAAACAGUGCAUUAGAUACGCCGCAGUUGAAGUCUGUUACGCCUAUGUUACAAAUGAUGUUCACUGAAUUGGAGGAAGAAAUAUUCCAAAAUGCUGAAAUUUUGGAUAACGCCCUGGAAACGGUAGCGCUGUUUGGAAUGCUUGACAAAGAGUUUGCAAGAGAGCACAAAGCUUUCUUUUUUGCUAACCUAAUAGACACAACAAACGAACCAACAGUGUCAACAGUGUUGCGUUGUAUCAUAGACUUACUGUGCGUGCACGGCGCGAGAGUGUUCGAGGAUGAUGACGUCACGCAAAACGAUACUAAAGUUAGCAAGAAGAAACGCAAUACAAUGCAAUCGGUAGAUGCUACUGAGGAAGAUGGUACAUUGUCUGAAUCAGCAUUAUCAUUAUCGCCUAACCAUAGCACUGUUAUUGAGUUGCUUUUAAAAAUAAUGGAAAGUGCUUGUGCUACAUAUCGGCUUAUUAUUGUGGAAGGCAUUUGUAGAUUACUAUAUUUGGGCCAUCUGGAAUCACCUGCAAUUCUCAGCCGUUUGAUGUUACUCUGGUUCAAUCCUGCCACAGUGGACGAAGAUAUGUUACGCCAAAUUAUAGGCGUAUUUUUCCAAACAUUCCCCAUAAGCGUGGAUGGAGCACAGGAACAAAUUCAGAAAGCAACAUUGCCAACAUUACGAGCGCUGGCAAACGCGCCAUCUAGUUCUCCAAUCGCUGAGAUCGACCAAGAGGCUGUGGUCAGGUUUAUAGUAUCACUCACUAGAGUUAACCAUGAGUUCAUAGAUAGUCAAGGUGCAAUGGCAAUGGUGCUAUGUAGUUACUUAGUUCGUCACCCGACGGCCCCCGAAGUGGGGUUGGCGUGUCGAAUGUUAGCUCUACUCUCACCGCCUAGAGAAGAAAAUGUGGCUUCUGACUUGGCCACUAUGUUGCGCCAUUUAUGUACGAAACUGCCCGACAAACAAUCGUGUCGAAACUUGACGCGGUAUCUCGGCGCGUUAGAAGCGAUGGAAAGGGCGAGUCUUAAUAAAAUGUCUAAUACUGGUGUUACUGAAGGAACAAUGGCUGGUGAAGACACAUUAGGUAUACUAGGACGCACAACAUCUUCCUUACCUCAACCAUUAGCACGCAGCACGCACGUAGUUAUAAAUGAAACGGUCGAGGAAGAAGUGGAAAUUGAUGAAACAUCGCCGACGGAACCAUCGCAAAUAUCAAAAGUACAAGUGGAACCAAUUCAAGAAACGCGUACAUCAGCCCAAUCAUCAGAUAACGAUUCUGUUGUACCGACCAAGGAAGCUUCGAAUAGCGCUUCAGAGGAAAGCAGUGGGGUAUCACCGGUGAAGAAAGCCAAAAUUACUAAAGGUAGGAAAAAGAAGCUAUCAAUGACUAAACAUACAAAAACAAAUGCUAAAGAAAAAGACAAGGACAGCAAGACGGCAAAUGAAAAGAAACAAACAGAGAAAGGAAAUAAGAGGAGUCGGUCACAGCGAUCAGUAGAAGAUGUUGACAGAGCAAAACCAAAAGCAGCAAGCAAAUCAAAAGUACCAGAGGAGCAGAAGUCACCGGUAUCGGAUCUCGAUGUAUCCAAUAUAACGGUUCGCAAGACGCGCGGCGGAAAGUCAGGUUCGAGCUCAGACUCGCCUGGUUCGGGGAGAAGUGGAAAGGGCAGUCAGAAGAAAAAGGAAGAGAAAGCGCCAGCGCCCCGCCGUUCGACUCGCUCGUCGACAGGCUCCCGCAGCAGCAUGGCGGAACAGUUUAUGGCGAACGAUUCAGCUGAUGAAACGGAAUUACAUACUAUUGUAUAUGAUAAUGAUUUCCAACAAUCCUUACUAAAUGAAACAGAGAAUGAUAGCAAAAGAGUAAGCAAGUCCAACAUUACGAUACCAGAAACACCGAGUGAAGGAUCGGAUUCUGAACCAGAACCAAUAAUUCCGAAAGGGAAAGGAAAACGUACAAAUAAGAAAUAAUUGUAGCAUAUUAAAUUAUCUUUAUUUUCA